UUCUCUGAAGCAACUAUUAUGCUAUGUCUUAAGGUUUCGAUGCUAUUGCUUAUGUCUCACUAUUUUUGAAGCCGUCCCACUGUGCGGCGGCUGCUGGAUAAUAACCACCAAAGAGGAUGGUAGUGGAUCGGAAUUUUCACUGUUAUAGAAUAUCACUGAAGUCACCGUAUUAGGCAAUAUAACUUAGAGAUUUAUUUCAGGCUAAACGGGUCCAACUAAUAACCAACUUCACAGGUAAGUAUUGCAGAGUGGUAAGUAUAUUUGAUAGCAGGAUAACGAAUACGCAAGUUUUGCGUUUACUCUUGUUACUGGCUCGAUCUGGACUGACUAUCGUCCGAUCGCUACUGAAAUUAUUAUGCGGCUGACGGGUUGCCAGAAGGGCUGCAAAACUGGUCUAAAUGUACGCCCGUUAGCACCAAUCUGCUACAGGAUGCAAUUCUACCGCCAGUGCGGUCGAUUUUACUUCUAAGUCUCAACACAAAGCGUUUUUAUUCAAUAAUACAAUAGGGAUUGAUAAUUGCGCUUUGUUUAAACAGUUAUUAACCUUUGUUAAGUAAAAUCCAUUUUGUACUAAAGCGUGGGUUGACUAAGCUUUGUAUAGUCGCUUUUAAAGGUUUAAUAGUCAUCAUUUAGUUCGAUCUCACCCCGAAAGUUAAUUCGCUACUUGAGUAAUACCGAAAAUCAAAAAUAAUCGCGUGAAAUUUAUUCACAGUGCGAAAGGUAGCGUGCUGAGUAGCUAUAUGUAAUUCCGGUGGCCAAUAAUUCCGAGUGAAAGCUAGUAAAAAAAAAAAAUAGUGAAAUCUGGUAAAAACGCAGUGAAGAUUUUAGAAGAGCAGAUAAUUACAGUGACACGCGGCAAGAUUUUUUUUUAACGCCAUCGCCAAGUACAAUAUAAUUCUAUAAGCCGAUAUAGUGAAUCCGCAAAGGAGGUGAAAUCGCUCACCAGCAUUUUUGGCAUUCGUUUUCGUUGGAUAAGCAGCAGUUGGAGAGGCAGCAGGUUGCUAUCAAUAUUCGCCAAAGGAAAGAGCCAACAGCACAGAACAGUAAGCAAUCAAGGUCACGUAAGUCGUUCCAAUUUUAUUAAUUGUUUUUUUUCCUUUUCACCUCUCACAUAAGUUAAUAUUUCGCUAUAAAAUGUCUUUGAUUGGGUCUGUUGAUCACUAUAUCAGAGGAUCAAGCUUCAGUAGCUAUUUAGAGCGUUUAGGUUUUCUUUAUCAAUUAAACAAUGUGCCAGAAGAAAGGAAACGUAGUUUGUUCAUUACUCUUAGUGGAACAGUGGUAUUCGAUGAACUUAAAUUGCUUUAUCCCGGGCAAGAUUUAAACACAAUCAGCUAUGAUGAAAUGGUCAACCGGCUCAAAGAGCGUUUUGAUAAGACGGAGCCAAAUAUGAUGUAUCGAUAUAAGUUUCACAAUAGAGAUCAGGGCAUCGAGGAAUCGGCGGAAAACUAUAUCCUUGCUAUUAAGCUUCUUGGUGAAAAUUGUGGCUUUGGGGAACAUAAAACAGAGGCGAUAAAAGAUAGAAUUAUAUUAGGUUUGCGUAAUGAAGAGUUAAAAAAAAAAUUACUUAUGAAAGAUGGCUUAACGUUGGAAGAGGUUGAACAAGUGGUAGUGAGAACCGAAUUGGCUAAUAUGAGAGCAAGAUUUCUAGGCGAUGAUGCUGGGCGAGUUUUGUCUGUGAGGCAUAGAUUGGGCGGCAGAUCGACUGAGUAUCGCAAUAACGGCGGUCAACGAUGCAGACCGUAUGUCAGGUUUCGGGAUCGAAGUCGGAGUCGUAGUCGCAGUGGUAAUAGGAAAUAUACUUUCAACCGACAUUCGGAGAGGAAUCGCGCUAGUAACAAUAGUUUUUCUCGCAAAAAUAAUGAUUCAAAUCCUCAGUCCAGAAAUAAUCAUUUUCGCUUAAUUUGCAAUUGGUGUAAGAAAAGAGGUCAUUUAAAGAAAAAUUGCUGGCUCAUGAGAGAUCGCAAGUCGGUAAAUUUUGUUGAACAGAUAAAUGAUUCCCUUGAAACUUAUGAUUUUAAGAGGCUACAAAUUAGUGAUCGCGAAGAAGAUGAAGUUUAUCCUUGCAUGAUGAUUUCAGCCAUCAAUCAUGUCAGUGAGCCAUGCCUAGUAAACGCUUUGGUUAACAAUGUAAGUCUUAGGAUGGAAAUUGAUUGUGGUGCGACAGUUACUGUUAUUAGCAAAUCUACUUACUUAGCCCUAUUCUCUAAGUUACCUGUUUCGAACUAUCAAAGCAAACUUGUGGUAGUGAACGGUGAACCAUUGAAUAUUUUUGGGAAGAAAAUACAUCGUUGGUAAUUUUGGAUGGUAAAAACUCUUUCACACCGCUGUUUGGAAGGAAUUGGCUAGAUACCUUUUAUCCUAACUGGAGAGGUAUGUUCCGGGGAACUUUUUCGGUAAACAACGUGGAUAUUACCAAAUCUGACGGAAAAGACUUAGGUUUCGAAGCAGACUUGAAAAUGAAAGAUGAACAACCGAUAUUUAGGAAGGCAUACGAUGUACCAUACAAAUUGAAGCAAAAAGUGUUGAUGCACUUAGAUCAAUUAGAGAAACAGCAAAUCAUAACUCCAAUCGAGAUCAACUGUUAACGCGCACAGAAGUCAACUUAAAUUGGUGGAGAGGAACAAACCUAGUACGGCGAUAAGUAUACCAAUGCAGCGCAGUAAACGUCUACGAGAAAUUUCUGAUACAGAAGCAGAAGCUUCCAAUGCUCGAGGCAUGGACGGUGAAAUUUCUAACAACCGCACGCGUUUAAAGCGCAGAUUACGACGUCUUCGGAGUCCUAUCGUCACGCGAUCUAAAUCGCGAUCGAAUUAUCCAGUUGUACAGUGAAUUUACGGAAUAUUAUACAAGCAAAAUAAUUUAAUAUGAAAUGUUAAAUUUUCGGAAUAUUGU